CCAACACCAAGUCUUUGAUUGCUUCCCAUCUCCACCAUGGACAAGACUUUCCAAGCCGUCCUCGCCGCCACCGGAAGCUUCUUCGCCAUAACCGUAAUCUUCGCCGUCGUCUACAUACUCUUCAAGGGCUCCCAGUCCAAGUCAACCCGCUCCCGCCGCGCCCGUGCCGCCGCCGUCCGCAACAACCCGAUCCGGCUCAACUGCAUCACCGUCGACGAGAUCGCCUCCUUCGAUCCCUCCCUCAAAGUCUCCAUGGAAGAAGUCGUCAAGGCCACCAAGAACUUCAACAAGGACCUCGUCGUCGGCGACGGCGGCUUCGGCCUCGUCUACAAGGCCCAGCUCUCCGACGGCCUCAAGGUCGCCAUCAAGAAGCUCGAUCCCGACGCCUUCCAGGGCUUCCGCGAGUUUCAGGCCGAGAUGGAAACCCUAGGUGAGCUCCACCACCCCAAUCUCGUCAAGAUUCUCGGCUACUGUGUCUCCGGCGCCGACCGGAUUUUGAUUUAUGAGUUUAUGGAGAGGGGGAAUCUGGACCGUUGGCUUCACGACUCGUCGUCAACGGAUUUGGACGGUUAUGAUGACACGGCUGGGUGUAAAUUACCGUUAUCUUGGAAGACGAGGAACAAGGUCGUUAGGGGUGUGGCUAAUGGCUUGGCCUAUUUGCAUGGGUUGGAGAAGCCUAUAAUUCAUAGGGACAUCAAGGCUAGCAAUGUGUUGUUAGACAGGGAAUAUGAGGCCCAUAUUGCGGAUUUCGGGCUCGCGAGGAGCAUCGACACGUCACGGUCCCACGUGUCGACGCAAUUUGCGGGCACCAUGGGGUACAUGCCACCCGAGUACAAAGACGGGUUUACGGGGGCGACAGUGAAAGCGGAUGUGUUUAGUUUCGGGAUUUUGAUGUUGGAGAUUGCAACGGGGAGACGGCCUAAUUUGCCGAGCGUGUUUGACGGGAAAGAGAUGGGGUUGGUGGAAUGGUCGAGGAAAAUGGUGGCCAAUAACCGGCAAAUGGAAAUGGUGGAUUCGAGUAUUUCGAGGGAGGAUUUGGAUGAAGGCAGUGUCAAGAGGUACUUUGAAAUUGUUGGUGAAUGUGCUCAUGAGUCUUCAAGGCAGAGGCCCCCAAUGAAAGAUGUAAUUCAGCUGUUAAAUGACCUUCAAUCGUGAAUUAGGAAAGCAUUUUUGUUUGUUUUGUGAGUAAUAUUGUGGAAUGGUGAAUAAUAUUAGUUGUGUUAUUGCUUGUAAAUAAGAUAUUGAGCCAAAAACAAGGACGUGACUUGAAUACAAAAUUUAUUUGUGUGUGGUCUUUGGAGG